CGCCGCAAUGCCUCAUUCAAUGUCCCCAGAUGGCGCUCCCUCCCAUCCGAGUGAUGCGGAAAUCCUUCCCGAUGCCCCCGAUGCCGAGACAACCUCCACCGAGGGUACUGGUUCCAGGGUGCAGCCAGAUGAACCGACAGGCGACAAGCUAGCAGAUCUCCUUUUCGACGGUGACGAUGACGAUGAAUUCUCUUCGUCCAGCGCACCAGAUGCAAAGAAGUCAGCUGUAGAGGCUCCAGUCCCUGCUCCUCAGCCGGUCGGAGUUGACACCGACACGAUGCUGGCAUUCUACCAGCGUCUCUUUCCAUUCCGAUAUCUUUUCCAGUGGCUAAACCACGGCAUCAUUCCGUCCCCGGAUUUUGGGAACCGCGAGUUCGCGCUGACUCUGCAAAACGAUGCUUAUCUGCGAUACCAGUCUUACGCCACGGCAGACUUAUUCCGAAAAGACAUCCUUAGGAUGAACCCCUCUCGUUUCGAAAUCGGACCAGUCUACAACACCAACCCGCGGGAUCGGAAGACGUUGCGCGGCGGUCAAAUGAAGCCCGUUUCCAAAGAAAUGGUGUUUGAUAUUGACUUGACAGACUACGACGAUAUCCGUUCGUGCUGCGCGAAGGCAAACAUCUGUGAAAAAUGCUGGGCAUUCGUCACCAUGGCCAUCAAAGUCGUCGACGCUGCUCUGCGAGAGGACUUCGGCUUUGAGCACAUCUUGUGGGUCUACUCGGGUCGUCGUGGAGCGCACGCUUGGGUGUGCGACCCCCGCGCCCGUAGCCUGCCGGACGACCGCCGCAGGGCCAUCGCAGGAUACUUGGACAUCGUUCGGGGAGGGUCCUCCAACGGCAAGCGCGUCAACCUGAAGCGGCCGCUGCACCCGCAUCUGACCCGCAGUCUCGAUAUCCUCAAACAUUACUUCGCACAGACCACGCUAGACGACCAAGAUACCUUCCUCAGCCCCGAGCAAGCGGAGCAUCUCCUCGGCCUGCUCCCCGAUAAGACCCUCAGCGACGCACUGCGCAGGAAAUGGGAGUCCUCCCCGGGCCGAUCAAGCCCCAGCAAAUGGGCCGACAUCGACGCGCUGGCCAAGACAGGCAAAAGCAGCACGCUCAACCCGACCACCCUGCGCGACGCUAAACAGGACAUCGUCCUAGAGUACACAUACCCGCGUCUAGAUUCCGAAGUCAGCAAAAAGAUGAUCCAUUUGCUGAAGAGCCCCUUCGUCAUCCACCCCGGCACGGGCAAGAUCUGUGUCCCCAUCGACCACCGCAGAGCCGAAGAAUUCAACCCCCUUACCGUGCCGACGGUCACCGAACUGCUAUCCGAAAUCGACAGCUACGAUGCCAAACAUCCCCCCAAUCACGCGAGCGCCGAUCAUCAUCCCGAGGGAGAGAGCAGCGUCCCCAAUGAUUCCGACGCGCGAGGCAGCCGCAAACUGCAGGAUUACGAGAAGACCAGCUUGAAGCCCUAUGUCGAGUACUUCCGCUCGUUCAUCGCCUCGCUGCACAAGGAGGAGCGCACGGGCAAGCGGGAGCGGAACGACGAGACUUCCGAGGUGAAGACGGAAGGCAUGGAGUUUUAGAGGCUGCUCUUGGUGCUACAUACGGAUUUACGAUUGGAUUUUUCUCCUUUGUCCUGGGCUAGUUCGGGCUUUUCUUGACUUGAGCGGGUUUCGGCGUUUGCGCAUGUUCCUUUCGAGCUUGUAACCUGGCGUUAGGUUUUUUUCUGUGUUCCCUAGGUUUGAGCUUCC